UGGUGGUGGUAGUCUUUUGGUGGAGUAGUCUUUUGGUGGAGUAGUCUGGCCAUCGGUAUUACUGAAAAAAAAUAUCUCUACUUAACUAUACCUAAUCCUUUGCACCCACUAACUCAAAUGUCUAUUCAGGAUAAGAAACUAGUAUCACUACUUGAAUGGAUUAAGAAUACUAAUGAUGAACAACUUAAACCUUCAUCACAUUCAUAUAUAUCAUCGAAAUUAGAAGUUAAAGAUUAUGGUAUUAAUGGUGGUAGAGGUAUUAAUGCCACCAGUAAUAUUAAUAGAUCAGAACUUAUAUUAAGAAUUCCACCUUCAUUCCUUUUAAAUACUAAUACGGUAAUAACUCAUAUAUCUAAAUAUAAUGAUUCAAUUAAAUUAUCUGAACCUUAUUAUACCAGUCUUUAUACUCCUUAUAAUAAUUUAUCUGAUAAAUUUACUAAAGUAUAUGAAUCAUUAUGUUUAACAGAUUUAUUAAAUUUAACUUCAUUUCAAUUAUUAUCAUUAUAUAUUUGUUUAGAAAAACAAAGAGGUGAAAAUUCAUUUUGGAAACCAUUUAUUGAUAUGUUACCAGAUAUUUCUGAUUUUAAAUAUACUCCAUUAAUUUGGAAAGUUAAUCAAGUAUCUAAUUAUGAAAAAUUAUUAUUACUUUUACCUAAAUCAACUAAACAACAUACUGAUAAUGUUUAUAAACGAUUUAUGAAUGAUUAUGAAAUAGUUGAAAAUCUUUUACAUAAGAAAGAUUUUAAAAAUUAUAUAACUAUAGAACUAUUUUUAUGGUCUUGGAUGUGUAUAAAUUCUCGUUGUUUAUAUAUGACAUUACCUCAAAGUAAAACUAGUGCUGAUAAUUUUACUUUAGCACCAUAUGUUGAUUUUUUAAAUCAUUCUUGUGAAGAUCAAUGUAGUAUUAAAGUUGAUGGAUUAGGAUUUCAAGUAUUUACAACGAAUUCAUAUAGUAAAGAUCAGCAAUUAUAUUUAAGUUAUGGACCUCAUUCAAAUGAUUUCUUAUUAUGUGAAUAUGGUUUCGUAUUACCUUAUGAAAAUAAAUGGAAUGAUAUAAAUAUAUCUAAUUUUAUUCUACCUUUACUAGAUAAUAAUCAAAUUGAUUUUUUAAAAGAUAAUGAUUAUUAUGAUAAUUAUACAUUAACAGCUCAAGGUAUUUCAUUUAGAACAGAAGUUGCAUUAGCAGUAUUACAAGAACAAAAUCCUCAAUCAUCAAGAAAAUUACAAGCCCUUUUAAAUGGAAUUAGUGAUGGAAGUGUUUAUAAAUAUAAAUCCGAUUUAUUAUUAAUUGAAAUUCUUGAAAAAAUUAUUCAUACAUGUAAUAAUUCAUUAUAUCUUGAAUAUUCUGAUGAUGAAGAUAUUCCUACAAGAGAAAGGAAAAGAAUUAUUGGAAUUCUAUAUAGAAAUAUGUUAGAUAUAUGCAAACAGGUUAAAGAAAAGUUAUAAAUUAUAAAUUAUAAAUUAUAAAUCUAUAAAUUAUAAA